AUGACGGGGUCUCCGCUGACCUUGGCGUGGGUCGACGCCCACCUCAGGCGACGUGGGCUGCCACGCAAACACGCACCGGAGCCAACGGUGGGCGCGGGGGAAGUUCCAGGCGCACCUCCCGGCGGACUGCGUGCGGCACCGUCGUCCUCGACGGACGGCGCGCCGCCAGUGGAGGAGAUACUUGCUGCGGUAGACCACCGCCUGCUUUCUGGCGACGGGCAUCCGUCGGUUGCGUCGGGCAGGGGCAGGCCGCGGGGCACCGAGGAGGACGACCGCAGCGACAGCAAGGGUGUCGACAUCCUCAACCAGUCGCAGCGGGCGACGCCGCAGCGCGUGGCUUCGGGUGUGGCAUCAUUUGUGAAGCAGCAGGCGGAACGCACAGGCAGCUUAAAUGGUCCUACGCAGACAUGUUUUGUGCUCCACACAGUUCUCACUGCGUGCGUGCGACAUGCACUUCACUACAGCCGACUUGACUCGUCUAGUGGGCUUGCCUCCGCCUCUUUCUCUGCAUCUUCUCCUGCCGCCACGAGCAACGUCGAGUCGGCUACCGAGGCUGCGGCUAUGCGUACACGUGGGGCGGCGCGUGAGGCUGUCGCGGCCUCCUCGCAGAUCAACUUUCCCUGGUCGGCGCACGUGGCAUCCGAGCACUUACUGGAGGUCAUGCAAGACGCCGCCGUCCAAAAGGGCCUACGCUCCCAGCUUUGGAGGGCCGUGGACAGGGAACACAAGGGCAUCAUGCAUCACGCCAUCAAACUGUGCUCGAACGCAGCCCCCGUCUUGGCCGACAUUGGCGUGGAAGAGGCGGAGGUGAGGAGGCUGUUUGGCAUCCCAGCGGAUGUUUUGGCCGCGGCACGCGAGUUCUUUGACAUUUCCUCCCCUUGCUUCUCCACUUGUCCUGCGGCGUUGGUGUCUCUGCCGCGCCAACAUCAGCUGUCGGUGUUGAGUGAGCAUCAUUUUGUGUACACGACAACGUCCUCGCGGCUCGCGGAGUUGCUGAAUGAGGAGAUGUCUGUGGUGAAGCGCAUAGUGCGGGAGGGUGACAAGUCGAUGGCGGGCGUGGAAGGCGGCUGGGGGUCGUCUGACGGGUUUGCGCGGCAGUUGACGUUGCUGCUCUUGGAGAUGGCGCGUGUACGUAUGGCGUUGGCGAUUCUUCUGCAGUUUGAGGCUCUCCUCCGGCGCUGCGCGGCGGCGGGGGGGCAACAACAACUUCCCGACGACGCGGCCGCAGUGCCACCGUCCCCCGCCUCCCCCGCCUCGCUGGCGCAGGGGCUGUGCGCGUUGGCCGCGGCUGCCGCAUCGCGGGCGCUGGAGACGCGGCCGCACCGCAGCCGCUUCGUCGCACACUUCCGUGUCGUGUCGCUCACGCCCCGGCAGGGGCGGCCCAGCGACGCACGCCACGUGGAGACGCCGUACUACAGCCUCAAGUCCGUCUUUGCGGCGCUCUCGCAGGCGGCCGCCACCACCAACACGGCAACCGCCGAGGCGGCAGACGUUGGCGUCAGCGCACCACCGGCGACUCCCGCCGCCCCCGCCGCGCGAUUGCCUGCGGCGGCCGGAGUGUCGGAGGACUCGGUGGAAGAAGACCCGGUGAUGCGUGCGGUGAUGGCGGCGGCGGCGGCGGUAACACCGGGGAAGGCGGCCCCCCGCGGCGGCGCCACGCACUCACGCCCGCCACUGAGGGUCGCUUCGUCCACCGCCACAGCGGGUCCUCUCGCUCAAGCGCAGCGGCAGCGGCGGGGGCGCGCAAGCGCGGCGCCGUCAGCGUCGCAGGAACGGGAACCACAGGCAGAGUUAACGUGGCACUUCCGGUGCUGUGAAGGGGAAUUGGGGGCGGUACUCAAUGCGGUCGACGCGCCACCAUGCGAUGAGACGGAAGUGAAGGUGCAGCUGCUGCGCCCGGCAACGCAUGUUCCGUGGCCGUUCCGUCUGGAGGCGGUUGCGGCCGACACGAAUCUCCACGACAUUCCCGCAGCAACUUCUCUGCUAUCCACGCCUUCGGACACGUUUGUGCAGCCCCCGGCGACUGCGGCGGUGCGGAUGCGCUACAACCCUGCAUGGAGGACUGCUGCGAGCAUGCCAACCCCGCUUGACACGCAGCACGCCACGCGCCUGCAGCGCGUGCUCACGCAUCGUCAUGGCCGUCUACUGACGCUGAACGGUUGCCCCGCGGAGAAGCUGAAGUCGGUGAUGCGCAUUGCUGCACAGAGUGUGCGCCUGGUGGUGCGGUUUCGGUAG